GACGAUGACCUCAUCUCGCUGCACGAUCCAACCCUCGAACGUUGCAUAUAUGUGUACGUACUAAGAAUGUACUACGAAUACAUCCAAUCGACCAAUGCAUUUUUACGUCUUCGUAUGGUGAUGAUGCAAGUCAGAAACAUGUUUCCUCGUCUUUUUCCUUUGUGUGCUACCAUGCACUUACGUCCUAACAUCAUUAGGUCUCACAUUGGAAGCUCGAAUGCUCCCCUCUUAACUAUUUCUUAUGAAUGUAUUCUGACACGUGUAGUGAUUCCCUACCUAUUAAUCUAUUACAUUCCUACUCACUCAUGUACCUAACUAAGACAGCAACCAAAUUGAUACUUGCUAUUUUAUAAAAACCUCGAUGCUACGGCACGACUCUGCCUAAUCCCUAGGUGCUUAGCUGACCGCCUAGCGAAUAAGAAAUCAUGGCAAACCAAACAGACUUCGAGCAGGAUGCGUCGGGAAGAGAAUAUGGCAAACCUCAUAAUGCGAAACAUCCUAUUCCUACCAUACAAGGCUACCGACAGCAUAGAAAGGAACUAGCUGGUCAGGUAGAAGAUGAAGAGGAGGCACAGCAAGGUCCAGAGGAUGCCUCAAAGCCCAAGCGAGCGUUCGAGUCCGCCAAAGCUGUCAUACAAGGCGAAGAUGUCCCGAAAUCCCGACAUGACCCAUACCCUUCCACGAACCGUAACUAUGCCGACCAUCCAGACUAUACCCCUCAAGAGCAAGGAGGCGAUAAUGAGAAGCCCCUGGAAGAUGGCAAAGAUGAGGAUGGAAAACCAAAAGAGUCGGGCGAACGUCAAGGAGAUGGUGGCAAAAAGAAGGGUGAACAAGAUAAAUCAGCAACUGAAGCCGUCGCAAGCGCAGUUGAUCCAAAAGAAAAGCGCAAGGCGAUGAAGAAAACGAAAAGGCAUGGUGGAGGACGCGAAGUCACCGAUCCGGUCACUCAUCUGCCUAUCGUCAUACAUGACCAAACGGAGAAAGACCUAAGUUCAGCCCAUCAGAACCAGCCUGAGCCAGGGCUACAUCACCACACUGCCACCGGCCCCCAAGGUGCUUCAAAAUCGGAUGAAGAGUUGGCGACCGAGCAGGAGAAAUUACAGCGGACGUACAACGGGAUGCAGAGGAUAUUCCCGCCCCCAAAUUUCGAGCAUACGAAACAAGCAUUGGCUGCUGUCUACCAGCAGACGGUAUCUGCCGGCCUGGCCGUGAUCGUUUCCUUAGCCGCCGUUUUAUUACUUGCUCCGACUCUUCUGAUUGGCUGGGGUUGGUCUAUGUUUGCUAGCACAACACUGUUCGCCAUUCUGGGAGCUCUGACUGUCGUCGGCAUGGGGGAGUGGAUAGAUAAGAAAACUAGUGAGGUAUUCGAGGAUGAAACUUGGAAUGCUGCUAGGAGAGAAGAACAAGCCAUCUUAAGCAACGACGAGGAGUUACCGGAGUCGGUUCAAUGGCUUAACAGUCUGUUCUCCGCAGUAUGGCCACUCAUCAACCCAGACUUGUUCGCUUCUUUGGUGGACCAAAUUGAAGAUGUCAUGCAAGCUUCCUUGCCCAAGGUUAUCAAGAUGGUCAGCGUAGAUGAUAUGGGGCAAGGGAGUGAAGCAAUACGUAUACUCGGAAUACGAUGGUUACCGACCGGUGCGGCUAGUCAAACUGUUGGAUCCGAUGGGCAACUCCGUCACGACGACAAAGGUACUGGGAGCGACCGAACAGAUCCCGGAAACCCCCAGGGAAGCGCUGAUAGUCAGGAAACAAAUGUUGAAGAAACGUCGGAACAGGAUAAUGCGAAGGGCAAGGACCCAAAGCAAGAAGAACAAGAGCAAGUAGCAAUAAAGGAAGGCAUGGAGGCCGAGGAAGGCGACUUUGUGAAUUUGGAGCUUGCACUCGCCUACCGAAGUCGGUCAUCCGGCAAGUCGUUGAAGGCAAAAGCUAAGAACGCCCAUCUAUAUCUAAAAUUCUACCUCCCUGGAGCAGUGGCCAUUCCCGUGUGGGUUGAACUUCGGGGGCUUAUCCUGACUUUGCGAUUACGACUCCAGCUUACUCCGGAUCCGCCCUUCAUAUCACUGUGUACUAUGACGUUUCUUGGACAACCGAAGGCUAGUAUCUCAUGUACACCCCUUUCAAAGCAUGCCUUCAGUCUUACCGACGUUCCAUUGAUAUCGUCCUUCGUAAACUCCGCAAUUGACGCGGCCCUUGCGGAAUACGUAGCGCCCAAGAGCUUAACCCUUAACUUAAAGGAUAUGCUUGUGGGAGAAGACUACAAAAAGGAUACGACAAGCCUGGGUGUGGUUUGGGUUUUCAUCAAACAGGCACGUGGUUUCAAACAAGGGGAUGGUGGAAUUGGUCCUAUGCAGGGCUCAAGUGAUUCAUAUGUUACUGUAUCUUGGGGCAAAUUUGGCAAGCCGGUUGCUUCGACGCGCAUUAUUACAAAUGACAACGAUCCAAAUUGGCACGAGUGGGCCAGUAUUCUAGUGACCCCUGAGGAGGUGAACGCGGAAGAAAAGCUGCGACUUCAACUCUGGGACUCGGAUAAAUGGUCAGCAGACGAUGAUUUGGGUCGUGUGGAGAUAGAUCUAAAAUUACUCAUGAAGAAUCCGAACAAGUUUCAUGACCGCGAGGAUCGAUUUUGUGGCCAGGAUCCGGAUGAGACAAUGCCAGGGUCAUUGGCUUGGUCUGUUGGUUACUUCUCAAAGAUGAGAAUCACCUCAAAGGAGCUAGAACAACAAACCGUCGACGAACAGAUACGAACUCACGACCAACUUAAACAACAUGUUUCAGAGUUGUCCAAUCAUAAACUUAGGGAAGCUGGCAAGCCUUCCGAUGAUGAUGAAUUAAAGCAACAAAAAGCCCAGGACUAUAGAGAACUCGAAGAGGCCAUGAUCAUCUCAGCCCCGCCCUCCACCGAUUUCGUAUCGGGUAUUCUUAGCGUGCAAAUCCAUAACAUUACUGGUCUCGAGGUACAGAAGCUCCAGAAGCAAGAUAAGGGAGACGGCGGCGACAAUGAGGACGAGGCUGAACAACACGACGAUAUGCCUGACAGCUACUGUACCGUCAUCUUAAAUCACAAGAAGAUCUACAGAACACGCACCAAGCCGAAAAAUUCCAAGCCAUUUUUCAACGCUGGCACCGAAAGAUUUGUGCGAGACUGGCGAGAUACCGAGAUCAUCAUCAGUGUACGUGACUCACGGGAAAGAGAGGAUGACCCCUUAAUAGGGAUUGUUUACCUUCCUCUUGCGAAAGUAUUCGCGAAAAGGAGUCAAGUGAUGGAAAACUACCCUUUGGUCGGAGGCAUUGGGUUUGGCAGGGCCCGUAUCAGUAUGGUCUGGCGGAGUGUGGAGGUCAAACUCCCUCCGAAUCUCAGGGGAUGGGAUUAUGGGACUUUAGAGAUCCGUGGACCCAUCAAAGCGAAAAGAGACUUGCCGAAGUCUUUGAUAGAGCAUCGGAUUAAGAUACGAACCAAUUUGGGACUAGCUAAAAUGUAUCCCGAAAAUGGACAAUGGGUAUCUAAGAAUAAGAAGGAACAGGGGGCUGUGUUCCUGGCGGUGCGUAAGCGAUAUGCAUCGGCCGCAAUAAUCGAGUUCCGGGAAUCUAUGCUAGGUCCUGAUAAAACUGCUGCCUUCGCGGUCCUAUGGCUGCACGAACUCGCUGACGAACAAAACGACACAAAAACGUUGAGGGUGUGGAAGGGGUCGAAGGAUGGCCUCCGAAAAGCUCAAUCGUGCUGCGACUACGAUGGAAUGGGUGAAGAUGAACAGCCCUUGGGCGAAGUUGAGUUGGAUUUGAGAUUUUGGCGUGGUCUAUCUGGUUACCAUAAGGGUUAUGCUUCUCAGGCUAAAAAUACUGACCUGCGGGAUGUUAUGGAAUGCUUAGAUACCAUAACAGACGAGAAUCUAGACGGCGACGAGGACGAAUCUGGCAGCGAAGCCGACGCGACAGAUAACGAAGAUUCCGAAGACGAGACCCGAAAGAAACUCCGCGUCCAUACCAACGACGACUCAUCAGCCAGCUCCUCCGACGAGGACGAAGGCGAAGGGACGGGUUCUUCGAGCUCGUCGAACUUAUCUUUAUCACAUUUCAAGAAAGUCAAGAAUAUGCUCCGUAAUCCCGUGGAUGGGGUGGGAGAGGCGGCUACAUCGGUGCUUGCACCGGGACACAAUGACCCUGACGAUGGAUCCCGAGGUGUGCGGAAUCAACUCCGUGAUUAUCAGGACCAUCAUAAACAAUUGCAUCGCAAACAUCGCGGCAUCAUGCAAUGGCGUCCCGCGAGGGAGGCGAACCAUAUUGGGGGCAAACUGAGCAGAUUGAAAGGUAAUAUUAGUGGGAUAUUUCAGCAUGGGGAGAAGGAUGCUGGUGCCGAGACUGAGGUGUAAAGUGAGAUAACGGGUUUCCUUAAAGAGGACCAUAUGCCUGCAUUAGAUACGUCACCUCACUUAUGAAGUACAUACAUACUUGAAGGAAUAGUAUCGAACGCUGUCAAGACAAGGGUAGCUUACUGCCGGUAUAUCUAAUUACAUAAUA